AUGUCAACAGCGGGGGCAAGAAAGAGUAACACCUGGCAGGGUGCGGGGGCUGCCGAAUUUGAUCUCCGGAGCGACACGAUGACCAAGCCGACCCCGUCCAUGCUCGAAGCCAUCUGUCAGACCACCCUUCUGGACGAUGUCUUCAACGAGGACCCCGUCACGCAGGACCUCCAGACUUAUGUCGCGAAGCGAACCAACCAUGAGGAUGCGCUGCUGGUCAUGUCCGGGACCAUGGGCAAUCAAGUGGCAAUUCGGACCCAUCUCGUGCAGCCCCCCUACUCCGUCCUUUGCGACCAUCGAUCGCAUAUCGUGUGCUACGAAGCGGGCGGCGUGAGUUCCCUCACCGGCGCAAUGGUCCAGUGUGUCAUUCCGAAGAACGGCGUCCAUCUCACGCUCGAGGAUAUCCAAGCGCGCGCCGUUCUCGACGACGACAUCCACCACUGCCCGACGAAGCUGAUCAGCCUGGAAAACACCCUGGACGGCAUGAUCAUGCCGCUGGCGGAGGCGCGUCGGAUCACGGAAUGGGCGCAUGCCAACGAUAUCAAGGUCCACCUGGACGGGGCGCGGCUUUGGGAGGCUGCGGUGUCGGGGGCCGGGAGUCUCUCCGAGUACACUAGCCUGUUUGACAGCGUGAGCCUGUGUUUCUCCAAGGGACUCGGCGCCCCGAUCGGUAGUAUCAUUGUCGGGUCGAAGGAGUUUAUCAAAAAGGCGCGGUGGUUCCGCAAGUCCAUUGGGGGUGGGGUCCGGCAAGCGGGUGUGCUCGCGGCUGCCGCCCGAGUGGCCGUCGAGGAGACGUUUGGGCCGGGUCCUAGCGGCGAAGGGGGGAAGCUUGUAGAGACACACGCCCGCGCCAAACGGGUCGCCGACAUGUGGACGAGCCGUGGGGGAAAGCUGGCCCAUCCCGUACAGACGAACAUGGUCUGGUUGGAUCUGGAGUCGUCUGGGUUAGGACCCAAUGAUCUUGCCGAAAUUGCCAAGGACCAAGGCCUCCAAUUACUAGGAGGUCGGAUCGUCGUCCACUACCAGGUCUCCGAGGAGGCGAUUGCCCGCCUUGAGCGGGCGUUUGAUGCCGCCAUGAGUGGGAAGUAUCACGGUAGCGCUGACCUGAGCAAACCUUACGGAACCAAGUAA